CUCCAACCAAAAGCACCCACAAUCUCAGUUCCUCCCGGCAAAACCUUCAAUCGCACUCCCCACAGAAAUGGAACACUGUGCUCUCUGCAUCCCUUCCCUAUUCUGCUUGAUUCUCGUUGUUUCGAGUUCUUCGCCGCCGCAGUGGAAAUCCUUUCCAAAUCCAAGGCCUAGCGGUGCGAGUAAGGCUCCGAUUCCGAAGAGCUCAACUGCACUCGUAUCGUCCUCAACAUGGCGGUUCCCAGCGGCGCCUGGGAGAGAGUCGUCGAUCGUCGCUGAAAUCGUAGAGGUGGAGGAGAAUUCCACUGAUUACAUGCAAACACUGCGAAGGCCGCCUGUGAUAACGAUCCACAAAUCUCCUGCUUAUGCCAUUUACCUGCUGAUACAUAAUAUUCGGGUAAUGAUGUUGCUUAUAGACCUGUCAGAGUAUUCUGUCAAGACGCGAAAAUGCGAGCCAGAUGCGUUGAAGGAAUGUGAUGAGAUUGGUCAUGUUAUUGAGCAUUCAGAGGAAGUGAUCUUGGGCCCUGAAAACAGAACAGCUACAUCGGAGGACAAGUUUCUAAGGGUUAAUCUAAUUGGAGAUUUUGUUGGAUACUCUAGCAUUCCUUCCUUUGAAGACCUUUACCUCGUGCUUCCAUGA